AUGUUCCGCAUUCCCAAGCCCAAGAGGUUGCAAGUCCGGACUCUUUGCACCGCAAGAACGAGAUUCUCGCUACCCACUUUACCCAGACAUUUUCAAACGGCUGUCAGGCACACAGAUCGUGAGAAUUAUUUAAAGUCGCGUAUCAAUGCAGCAGUUUCCAGUCGAUAUAUGAUCUUACGCCGUCAUGCCUCGACGGCAGAAACAUCGUCCGAUAAUGUCUUGCAACCAUCCAGAAAACUCAAUCGAAUGAUUCUCAUUAGUGCCGUUACGAUUAUCGGCGGGAUAACCCUGGCGGUCCUAGACUAUAAGCACACUGAAAAUGAGGCUGCUGCUCACGAGCGAAGGGAAUUGGAGAGUUCACUGCCGACCGGAGGGCCAAAGAAUUUGCCAAUUGCUUUGCAUAUGACUGACGAGAAGGGUUACGAAACUAACAAACCGCGAUUGGUUAUUCUCGGAACUGGGUGGGGGGCUGUGUCAGUCCUAAAAGAAUUGGAAAAAGAUCAGUAUUGCGUAACGAUAAUAUCGCCAAUAAACUACUUUCUGUUUACGCCACUACUUCCAUCAGCUACAGUGGGAACCUUGGAGACAAGGUCACUUCUUGAGCCGAUUAGAAGUAUAGCGCGCAAAAUCAAUGGCCAUUUUCUUGAAGCCAAGGCUGUCGAUGUUUGUUUUGAUGAGAAAUUGGUCGAAGUCAAGUCGGUGAACGGCGACGAAUCUUCAUUCUAUGUACCUUACGAUAAGUUGAUAAUUGCCGUUGGAUCUCAAUCAAUUACUCAUGGUGUCGAAGGAAUCGAACAUUGUCAUUUCCUAAAGACAAUUAACGAUGCCCGUGGAAUACGAAAAAAGAUUAUGGAUAAUUUUGAAAAGGCUUCAUUGCCAACCACAUCGGCAGCAGAUAAAAAGCGAUUGUUGAGUUUUGUUGUUUGCGGUGGAGGACCGACAGGGGUCGAAUUCGCUGCUGAAUUGUAUGACUUUUUGACAGAGGAUGUUGUAAAAUAUUUUCCCAGAGUUUUACGUGACGAAGUGUCUGUGAGCAUUAUCCAAAGUCAAGACCACAUACUAAACACUUACGAUGCUAAAAUCAGCCAUUAUACAGAGAAAAAAUUUGCACGUGACCAUAUAAAUGUAAUCACGAAUGCUCGAGUCGAGAAAGUGGAACCUGACAAGAUUCUUUACAAAAUGAAGAAGGAUGGUGAAGUGCGCGGACUUCCAUUUGGAUUGGUUUUAUGGUCAACCGGAAUUGCAAUGAACCCGUUAACAAAAGCAAUAUCAGAAAAGCUUCCGGAACAAAAGAACACGCGCGCUCUAAUCACAGAUCAACAUUUGCGCUUGAAAGGCGCUCCCAUGUCUACUGUCUAUGCCAUUGGCGAUUGUGCGACCGUAGAAAAUCCCAAACUUGUGCAACAGUUGGUACAGUUCUUUGUCGAUGCGGAUACUGACAAGAAUGGAUGUCUGGAUUAUAAAGA